UUCCUCUCUCUCACGAUCACUAUUGCACAAAGAGGAGGCCCUUGCUGUCUUGCUACCAUUAGUCUUUUUUUUUUUUUUUUAUAAUUUUCCUGAUAUCUUUUGUUAUGGUUUCUUGGUUAAUUUCUGCUACUUUUCAAACCCCUUCUUCCUAUCAGCUGGCUUUGCUUAUUUCCCAAGUCCCAAGUGUGAUAACCUUAAUUGCGAGUUAUUUCCAGAGACCCUCAUCUCAUCACGUUCCCACCCAAUAAGUAUCUCAGUUAGCUUCGUUUUCUUAUCAUGCGAGACCAAGUUUCUUCUUUCAAGAGAUGAUUUCUCCAACCUUCAAGGUUCAGAAUCUUCCAGGAAUGACAUGAAAGGCAGAGAAUACUCAAAUGACAUGGAAAUCGAAACAGCGAUAAAGGGAUCCAAGAGGGAUCUCGUACUGCUAUUUUAGUAGGGAAAAAAACGACAGCAAAGUAACCAUUUAACUCCCAUGGACGCUGUCUUCCACCUCGAUGAAGCAUCCCGUGCUGAAUUUCUCCAAUUACUCAUGCACUCUACCGGCUGCACAUACAUUUGCCUAUGGUCGUACAUCCAUCAAGCAAACUGUUUAAUGUGUUGGGACGGAUGUUACAAUGAAGAAAGCAACCAACCCAGAGCUUUGAGACUUUUCCUCGAGUACCGGCAAUUAGUAUUCCCUCUCGAAAAUGAUAAUGGCCUCGUUCCAGGAUUUGCUUUCAGGAAUAAUAGGCCUUACAUUGAGUUAGGGGAAUCGGAGCUUCAGAACCGGAUAGCCCAGCAGACACAGCGGCAAUUUUAUGGGGAAGCAGGAAUUAAGACGGCUGUAUUCAUGGGAUGCAGGAGUGGAGAGAUUGAGUUAGGGUCUUCCAAUGUGGUACAACUCAACAUGGAGAUGGAGAUGAGAGGUUUUUUCCCAGAAGACUUUUCAAGACGAUCUCCUGUAGGAGAUCAGCUUCCCCAACCCCAACCAACUGAUCCGAACAGGCCAUCUUCGUCUUCGUCAUCUUUAAGGUCACUGUCUACGGGUAGUCCAGACUCUUCUCUGAUCUUCACCAUCCCAAGCGCAUCCCGCCCCCAGGUUCCAACCGACGCGACACCCUCUUCACUGCAAGCAAUCUCUUCCUCAAUCACCGACCAACACCAACAAGCCAUGCAGGCCUUGUCUCAAAUACGGAGCAAUAUUCAGUUACCGACGCUAGAGAGCGAAGAUGCUGCGAUGACCAGAGCAAUCCUUGCCGUUUUAACCUCUCCUUCUUCUUCUUCCUCUUCAACAUCCCACCAACCCCAACAAAGUCAAAAUUUACCUUACAAUGAUUACCAGCUGAACCCGAAAGCUAGUGCAUUUAAACGUUAUGCUGCCUCUAUGUUAGGAGCCCCUACAACACCAGCGAGGGCCAGUUUACGAGCCCAAAGCAUGCAGAAACGAGCCGUUUUGUUCUAUGGAAAACUGAAUUUAGCGAGGCGUGAACAACAGCUGCGAAUACGCCCCACUAGCAAUCAAUUGCACCAUAUGAUGUCAGAGCGCAAAAGGCGAGAGAAACUCAAUGAAAGUUUCAUUGCAUUGCGAUCUCUUCUUCCUUCUGGCACCAAGAAAGACAAAGCAUCGGUGCUCUGUAGUGCAAGGGAACACUUGACCUCAUUGCAAGCUCAUAUUGUGGAGCUUAAUCGGAGAAACCAGUUAUUAGAAGCUCAGCUUUUGCCUUCCAGAGAAGCUGUCGGCGGGGAGGUAACUGGUUCAUCAAACGAGAGAUUUAGUGUUCGGAUUACACCUGUACCCGAAUCAACAUCAGAACAAAGAAUCAUGGACCUGAGAGUCAGUGUUAGAGGAGAACGGCCAAUAGUGGAUGUCUUAAUCCACCUGCUACAAUUUUUGAAGCUCGACAGAAAUGUGAGCUUGCUGUCCAUUGAGGCUAACACCCAUAUAACAGAAGCAGGCUCUGUUAAUAAUUUUAACUUGAGACUGAGAAUAGAGGGCAAUGGAUGGGAUGAAUACACCUUCCAGGAAGCAGUGAGAAGGCUAGUCGCUGAUCUGGCACAGUGAUAUAAUAUCAUAUUUUUCUAAUAUUUAUCACUCUCUAAUUAAAAGUGGUCAGACUGAUUUAUUCUGCGGCCAACAGCUAUUGUAGUUGAUGGUGUGCUGAGUCUUUUUGGUCUCCUUUUUCCCCUCUGAUCACAUCCUUUUGAUCUCCA